UCCAACGGACCUAGCAAUCACUAAGGGAGCUCCAACAUUCUCUAUCACUGAGUCAGAUGACAAGUCGACGACGGAGGACCCUCAUUCACAUCAUGACUGUUUCGUUACCAUAUUCGUGGCAUGAAAUCUAUUCACGAGUUGAUGAUGGUCAACGGUGACGGAUAUAGAUUUGGUUUACGCAACUCAGACACGACGACGAUACUGUUCUCGUGGUUGUAGAGAGAUCUUUACUUCGAAGCCUGGGCUUAUGUCUGUAUAAAUGUCUUGAGUCGCAGCAUCAUUUGUUAAAGGCAUUAAUCCAGCACCUCAUCUCAAAGCAUACUACCACUAUCCAAACAUACUAUUUGAUCUUUGUCAAACACUUGAGAGGAAAGAUGCAUUUCUCCAUCGCAACCACAGUUCUUACUUUUGCUGCAUCCAUCACCGCUGUUGCAGCCGGGCCCAAUGGCAAAUAUCGUCGCCAGGCAGCCGAUCCUUGCAUGCUUGACUCGGUCACCGAUAAUCCCUCAGCAGAUGACGCUAAAGCCGCAAUCGACCAGUGGAACAUCGAUGUCAACACUGUCAAUGCUUUCCUCAACGAGGCCAGUGGCCUAGCCCACGGCAUGGAGAUUCAGAAUGCCACCAUGCAGACUCUGCUCUUCGCUCAGGACGAGCCGUGUCAGCUCAAGACCCUCAUCAGCAACAGCGACUUCGCUGGUGGUGAUACUGAUGCCUUCAACUGUGCCGCCAUGGACCUGAUGAUGGUGUUCGAUACCCACGUUCUCCAGAACCUCAGGAGCAUUAUCAUGAUGCCCUCGGAUGCCGAUGUCAUUGCUCAUGCUAUCAGCGACAUCAACACCUUUAGAUGCUGCAAUGUUCUGCCCGAUGCAAACAUCCUUUGGCUCGAUUCUGCCACCGACAAUGGCAUCUCUGACCAAGUCAACUUCACCCCAGGACUUGAGGAUGCCUGUGCCAAUAUCGACUGUUCGACUGUUGCCACUGCUGCCAAUUGUACGUCGCUCAACAACGGCAGCAACCCAUUGAAGUUGCGUAUCUGAAGACGGAGAUCGAAACAUGAGAGUUGGUAGCGACAUCAUGCUGCCUGUUACUACUUACAUUGCUUUGUACAGCAGACUUGGACUGCCAAUAAACACUCGCUCGUUUUAUUCGGUUAGACUUUUUGUUCGAGAUUAUUGACGAAGCAUUACCUAUUUUCGGUAUGUUGACAUUAGCUUGUAUCAAACCUUCCCUUGCGUAUGAAAAUCUGCAUUCUG